CAGCGGAGAGAGGGAGACUGAAGAAAAAGAGAAGAAAAGAAAGUUCAGUCUCCUCCAGGUUGUUUGCUUUUCUGCAGGAAAACAGACAGAAGAAGAAGAAGAAUUUGUUUGUGGAGAAAAAACAAAGUCAAAGAAAUUCUGUUUUUCUGUUUUUCUGGGAUUUUAGAGUUUUUACCCCAGAAAAUUAUCUUCUGCUGCCGGAGAGGACCCAGACCUUCAGACAGACAGACAGGAGGAGAGACAGACAGACAGACAGACAGACGGACAGGAGGAGAGAGAAACAACUUCCUGAAAUCUUCCACCUUUAAUUUUAAACAGAGACUGAGACACUCAGCAUCUGUCUCUUCGUGUACCCGUCUGUCUCUCAGCCUGUCCGUCGGUCUGUCUGUGAGUCCCGAAGGACGGAAGAUGUCACUGGGGUGUGUCGUCGCUCGUAUUCGGACCUGCGGCUUCUCCGGCGGACACACAGCGUUCUGACAGCUGCUGCUGAGGGAGAACCAGAACCGGGACUGGAUUUCGAUCUGGAUCUGUAAACCCCGGAUUAAAUCGUGGAUUGGUACCGGAGGGGACUGAGCCGGGUUCAGGAUGUCCUCAGAGCUGGCUGUAGGUCUGGUCUUCAGGGUUCUGCUGCCCCUCGGUUUGACUGCAGCUUGCGUGCUGCGGUACAACGGAUUCUCUCUGGUCUACGUCCUCCUGCUGCUGCUGCUGCCUCUGCUGCCCGAGCCCUGCUCCACCACAGGUAACACGAGUCGCUGUGUGAUGGCUUCAUGUGUCUCAAGCUUCCUCUUCCUGUUACUGCAGUCCUUCUUCCAGCUGACCACAGCAACGCUGCAACCCGAGUACAACUGUACGUCGUUGCAGAAAGCUCUCAGUCAGCUCGGCCUGGUCAGUCUGACAGGAAGUGAUGCAGGCUCAGCGGUGAGACAGGUGUUUCCAGAUGUUGGUGUGUUGUUUGUCAGUCUGCUGACCUGGAGGCUGAUCGUGAGACUGAACACGGACACACACACACAGCAGGAGGAGGAGCAGCAGCAGGAGCAGCAGCAGGAGCAGCAGGAGGAGCAGCAGGAGGAGGAGCUGAUGUUUGAGAGGGACUCUGUGCUCGGAAGGGAGGAUGAGGACGAGGACAACGGCAGCAGAAACAGGAUUCUGCUUGAACUUGAGUCUCUGGUUUGUAAAGCCAGGCAGAUGGUGGGAAGCAUGCCAGCGACCGGAGGGAAGGUCCUGCUCACGGCCCUGCUGGGACUCACAGGUAUCAUGUUCCCCUCUCUCUCCUCCCUCCUCUACCUCCUCUGUUUCCAGGUGCUCAGUACCUGGUGGGCGUGGUCAGGCUACGUCCCGCCCCUUCUCUUUAGGUGUGUGUCUGUGAUGUCCAUGCUCUACUCCUCCUCCCACUUCCUGCUCCUCUAUUGCUACCAGCUGCCCUCACUGCAGGAGGCAUGGCCUGCCAACCGCACCUCCACCAGUGUGUUCGGCCUGGUGUCGGUGGUGUCGGUGGACUGCACCGCCCCCUGGAGGCUGCAGGUGAACUCUGAGCUCAGCUGGUUCCACUUCAGCAGUCCGCUGAUGCUGCUGCUGCUCCAUCACACUGUGGCCAGUUUGUGGAGGAACCAGCUGAUCAAUGGCGAUGGGGGGCGGGGCAUAGAGGGGGCAGAGUUAGCCGUCAGUAGUGACGUCCUCACCACCACCAGCAACCUGAGCGAUGAGGUGAGUGGUGACAUCACAGCGGCGAGGCGCAGAGAGCUGUGGAGGAGAGCUCACGAUCGUCCUGAGCGCAGAAACGUGCUGCUGUCAUCAACCACUGACAGCACCUCUGGCUCUUUAGCCCCGCCCACGCAGAGCACUGCCCUGGGACUGGAUGUUCACUCCACGCCACACUACUCUCACAGCCAAUCAGACACGUUGGAGACCUGUGUUUUUGAAGGAGACAGAUGGGUGGAGGAAGAGGAGGUAAGGAGCGAGGAAGGGGGCGCCGGUGCUGCCUCUGUGGCCUUCGGCUUCCUCCUCAAACAGAGUUACAUCUGCGCUCUGAUCUCCAUGAUGGCCUGGUCCAUCACAUAUGUGUCCUGGCUCACGUGUGUCCUGCUGCUGUGGUCAUGCGUCCUCUGGAUGAUGCGAGAACGUCGCCGGUACACGCUGAUGUCAUCGCCCUGGCUGGUCGCCUACAGCAAUCUUCUGGUCAUCUUGCAGUAUAUCUACAGCUUCCCCUCUAUACAGGAAGUCCCCGGACUGUUCCCCAGGAAGGACGACCCCUGCAGGGAGCUCGCCUCCAAGUUGUUGUGUCUUCUGACCUUCUGGCUGCUGCUGCGUCAGGCGAGGACUGAGAAGACAGACAGACAGACAGACACACAGCUUUCUACCAUCACUGUCCACAUGGAAGAGGAUCAGAGGACAGAUCAGGAUCUGCAGGAGAAAAAGGAGGCGGUGUCGUAUGAGGAGGUGCUGCUCCUGGGGGGCGGAGGAGGAGGAGUCCAGAUGGAGGCUCUGGUUGCCGUUGUAACCAGGAUGUUUGUCAAAUACUGGAUCUACGUCUGUGGAACGAUGUUCUUCUUCGUUAGUUUUGAGGGAAAAAUUGUCCUCUACAAAGUCAUCUACAUGGUGAUGUUCCUGUGCUGCGUCGCCCUGUACCAGCUGAACUACGAGCGCUGGCGUGCCUUGCUUCGGGGUUUCUGGGUAGCUGUGGUGGUUUACUCCAUGCUGGUUCUGAUCCUGGUCUACACCUUCCAGUUCCCCACAUCCCCCCAGACCUGGAGUUAUUACACUGGACUGAGCACACACAGGUUGGAGGACAUUGGUCUGGAGAAGUUUUCGGUUCCUGUUCUCUUCACCAGGAUCUUCAUCCCUGCUGCUUUCCUGCUGGUGUGUAUCGUUCACCUGCAUUACUUCCACGAGCCGUUUCUGCAGCUGACAGACCUGAAGACGGUGGUAGACACACACAACAGCACCAUCACCAGGUUGGUCCACUCUGACGGCAGCCUGGUCGACCUGUCGAUGGGCGGAACUCCUCAGCUGCCCCGGGAGGAGGAGAAGAGAAGAGGACAGAGGGAGAGAGAGGAGGAGACAGAAGACAAGUGGGUAAAAGAGGAAGAGGAGGAGUACCCCUGUACAUUUGACAGGGAAACCCUGUCUGACCACAUAACAGUGCUGGUCUCCUGGAGGUUGGUGGUGGAUCGUCUCUCUGUGCUGUUCCUGCGCCUCCUCCUCUCACUGCAGCGCCUGCAGCGCCUCCUCUGGUGGCUCCUGGAGUUACACAUUGUCAAGAUCGUCUCCUUUUACAUCAUUUGGGUUUCUGUCAAGGAGGUGUGUGUGUUUAACCUGCUGUUCGUGCUGUGUGUGGGCAUGGCUCUACCCUGCAGGUCGUGGCGCCCCCUGCUGUCAGGAGUCUGUACGGUUUGGACCUGUGUGGUGACCGUCUGUAAGAUGCUGUACCAACUCAACGUUGUCCAGCCAAUCAGAUACUCCUUCAACUGCACAAUGCCAGAUAACUCCAGCACCGACCUGUCUCGCUCUGUUUUGUACUCCGGUCCGAUUGACCCCGCCCACUGGGUGGGGCUUCGCAAGACAGAUGGAAAACUGCUCGACUACCUGAGGUAUAACCUGAUGAUGUUAGCGCUGUUAGCAUUCGAGGUGACGAUUUACCGACACCAGGAGCUUUACCGUCUCCGCCACAACAAAGUCCCGCCCUCUACCAGAACCUUGUUUCAUGACAUCACCAGGCGUCACUUGGACGACAAUGUGCUGAGCUGUGUUAAAUAUUUCCUCAACUACUUCUUCUACAAGUUUGGACUGGAGACUUGCUUCCUGUUGGCCGUGAACGUGAUUGGUCAGCGGAUGGAUCUGUUUGCUGUGGGCCACGCCUUUGGCCUCAUCACCAUCCUAUCAUGUCGCAGCAGGAAAUGCAUCGCCUCAGUGUGGCCCAAGUACUGCUACUUCCUGUCGGGUGUGUUGUGUUUCCAGUACCUGCUGUGCAUCGGAUUCCCUCCUGCUGCCUGUAAAGAUUAUCCCUGGAGACCUCCGUCCUCCAACAUGGACUCCAACGUGGUGAAAUGGCUCUUCCUCCCUGAUCACCUGACACCACCAAACCCACUCUUUCUCCUCUAUGAUUUCUUGCUCCUCCUCGGGGCGUCGCUGCAGCUGCAGGUGUUUGAGGAGGAGCUUCAGUUGUCAGUUCAGAUCCUCGCAGGAGACAACAGUGAGCUGGACGAAGAUGACGGGCAGAUCUGUGAACUAAUCAGACGACUCCACCUCAACACGGUCCCUGAUUUCAUGCUGUGCAGGUCUUACCUGGACAUGAUCAAGGUUAUCAUCUUCAGCUACAUGUUCUGGUUCGUCCUCACCGUCAUCUUCAUCACUGGGACCACCAGGAUCAGUAUCUUCUGUAUGGGUUACCUGGUGGCCUGUUUCUACUUCCUCCUGGUGGGCGGAGAACUGCUGCUGAAACCAGUUAAAUCCAUUCUGGUGUACUGGGAUUGUCUUAUUGGUUACAACAUCUUCGUCAUUACCAUGAAGAAUAUUCUGUCGAUCCUGGCCUGUGGUUUCAUUAAGUCGUUGGUGUUGAAUCACUGUUGGCUGAUUCAGCUCUUCAGUCUCGCCUGCACCAUCAAAGGAUACACCAAACCGGAACAGCAGAGCAGUAAACAAUGUGAGUUACCAAAUGACGAGGCAGGAAUCAUCUGGGACGGCGUCUGUUUCUGUUUCCUGUUGCUGCAGAGGAGAGUCUUCAGGAGUCACUACUUCCUGUAUGUGGUCCUGGAUCUGCACAACACACAGCUGCUGGCCUCCAGGGGGGCGGAGCUUUUCGAGGCAUCCACAGUGAAAGCUGUCAGAGCGAGACUGGAGGUGGAGAAGAUGUCCAUGGACCUGCUGAAGAGACAGAUGGAGAGGAUUAAAUCUCGACAACAGAAGUUUCGCAGAGGAAAAGAGAAAAUGUUGAGUUUGACCCAAGACAACGUCCAUGGUGACGGUCAUGAAAAUAAGAAGGAGUGGUGGAGACCCUGGGUAAACCACGCCUCCAUGGUGAGGAGUGGUGACUACUACCUGUUUGAGACAGACAGUGAGGAGGAGGAGGAGAAGAAGGAGGAAGAGGAGAAGAAGGAGGAGCAGCUUCCUGAGAAAUCAGCCUUCCAGUUUGUUUAUCACGCCUGGAUAACAGACUCCAGAACAGCAAUGAGAGCUCGCAACAACCAGAAGAAGCUGUGGAAGAAGAAUUCCUCUGAACCAAGGAGCAACAAGGGGGAGAAGGGAGGAGCAGCUGGAGUCAUAGAAGUGACGGAGGAGACGGAGGAGGACGGAGAGGACGAGGACAAAGAGGAGGGACCAGACACCGUGUUGCACCGGUUCUCCAACACACUGCAGUUCUGCUGGGUUCUGCUGUCGGCUCUGCUGGACUCUCUGACUGCCUGGCUCAGCGGUUUGUGUCAGGAACACAUCGACAUCUCCACUGUCCUCCGCAUCGAGCGCUGCAUGCUAACACAGCAGGCCAAACAGGGUCAUUUACCCACCAGAGAGGCAAUCAGCGUUUACUACCAAGAGCAGAUGAUGAAAACAUCCAGAGAGUCGGGUCUGGACUGCAGCACCCAGGAGGCAGAGGGCGGGGCCUCACCGGUGAGAGGAAGCAAGCAAGAGGAAGAAGGAAAGGGAGGAAGACCUGAAACAGAUGAAGAAGCAGGACGUCAAAUAGCAAAGGACAAAGCAGAGACAGAGCUAGUGUCAGGAGCAGAUGGUCCUGAUGUUGAACCAGAGACAGUACCAGCAGAAAGUGACCCAACAGUGGAAGUUAAAAGUGAAGAUUUCCCAGAAUGCACGGUGGCUAAAACCAGCCAAAGAUUACGACCCAAACUGUCCAGGAUGGAGAGGGUCCAAUCUUUGUCUUUCUUGUCAACCUCAGAGGAAGAAAAGAGCAGUGGGACACACAGUGAUGGAGAAUCAAACCAACAACUUCCCACUGACACCCAGCCGACUCACACCUUCACCAGUGCCUCUUCCCCAGCCUCCCCCUCCUCCAUCCUCCUGCCCCCCUCCUACAGCCUCGCUCUGGGGUUGGACCUCCAGGACGAGGAGGCAGAGGAGGUGAGGGAGAAGAAAGAGGAUGAACAGAGGACGAUGAAGGAGGUGGGGUUGGGAUUGAGGAAGCAGCUUCUGGUUCAGACUCUGGGGGAGAGGAGCAACUUCCUGUCUGACUCAGACUUGUCUUCCUGUCCGCCUGUGUCUCGCACUCAGGAGCUGACAGCGAGCGAGCUGCUGAGGAACAGGACUUUCUACGACGAGGAGCUGGAAGCGUCGGACCACUUCUAUGGUAACCAGCCACAGCUGCUCCAGCUGUGCAACGCCCUCUACAACAUCCUCGCAGCCAGGUCAGAGACGGUGUGUUACCUGGUCAUUGUGUUGAACCACAUGGUGUCGGCCAGCUGUCUGACAUUGGUACUUCCUGUUUUGGUGUUUCUCUGGGCGAUGCUGUCUGUCCCUCGACCCAGUAAGACCUUCUGGAUGACAGCCAUCAUCUACACCGAGGUAACCAUCGUAAUUAAGUAUUUCUUCCAGUUUGGUUUCUUUCCAUUCAACCAGAAGCUGGAGGUGGACCGAUUCAAACCAUUCCACCCCCCAAACAUCCUGGGGGUGGAGAAGAAGGAAGGCUACGUUCUGUACGACUUGCUGCAGCUGCUCACUUUGUUCUACCACAGAGCCACGCUCAAGUGCCACGGACUCUGGGACCAGACUGUUACCACGGAGACUGAUGCUUCUCACCGCCAUGGCAACCAGGCCAACUCCACCACCAGAGGUUCCACCUCCACUGAUGUGACUGAUCCCGUCAACACACUACGACGACGUGGCAGGAGGAGGACAUGCUCCAGCUCCACUCAGCUGCACUCACCUGCAGGCAGUGUGAGCUCCAGACCUCAGCAGCCCAGCAGGUUGGAUCUGCUGCUGGAGAAACUCACAGAACUUUCCGUCAGAGCCAAGAAGUACUCUGUCAGCAGGUGCAUGUCUGUUUACCAUCCGGUCUGUCAGUUCUUCAGAGCUCUUGUCCAACCAGAGUACAGCGCCGUCACCGACGUUUAUGUCCUCAUGUUCCUCGCCGACACGGUCGACUUCAUCAUCAUCGUCUUUGGCUUCUGGGCCUUUGGAAAACACUCAGCUGCUGCUGACAUCACUUCCUCCCUCUCAGAAGAUCAAGUUCCUGAGGCUUUCUUGGUGAUGGUCCUGAUCCAGUUUGGUACCAUGGUGAUAGACAGAGCACUGUAUUUGAGGAAAACUGUUUUAGGGAAGUUGGUAUUCCAGGUGAUUCUGGUUUUUGGGAUUCACUUCUGGAUGUUCUUUAUCCUGCCAACCGUCACUGAGAGGCGUUUCAAUCAGAACCUGGUGGCUCAGCUCUGGUACUUUGUGAAGUGUGUUUACUUCGGUCUGUCGGCCUAUCAGAUUCGAUCUGGUUACCCAACACGAGUUCUAGGAAACUUCCUGACAAAGAGCCACAACUACCUCAACUUGUUCCUGUUCCAGGGUUUCCGUCUGGUUCCCUUCCUGACGGAGCUCAGAGCAGUGAUGGAUUGGGUGUGGACUGACACCACCCUGUCUCUGUCCUCAUGGAUCUGUGUGGAAGACGUCUACGCCCACUGCUUUGUUUUAAAGUGCUGGAGAGAAUCUGAGAAGAGGUACCCUCAGCCUCGGGGUCAGAAGAAGAAGCGGGUGGUGAAGUACGGGAUGGGCGGUCUGAUCGUCCUGUUACUGAUCUGUAUCGUCUGGUUUCCGCUGCUCUUCAUGUCGCUCAUAAAAUCUGUUGCUGGAGUCGUCAACCGACCCCUCGACGUCUCUCUGACCAUCACACUGGGAGGCUUCCAGCCAAUCUUCACGAUGAGUGCACAGCAGAAUCAGCUCAAAGAUCUGACUGAAGAAGACUUCAGCGCCUUCAUCAGCUCCUACAGCUACACACCUAGUGCCUUGCAGUUCCUAGAGGCGUACAGUCGUGAGGAUGUGACAGUGGCAGAGUUGCAGGGCAGCAGCAACUCUCUGUGGACCAUCAGUCCUCCCAGCAGGCGGUACCUGAGCCAGGUGCUUGGCCUGGACCACUUCCCCCUCACCGUGUCCUGGACUGUUCAGAGGAACCUGAGUCUGGGGGCAAAGGCGGAGCUUGCGUCAGGUAAACAUGUGACCUACCUGGACAAUCAGACUCGACUGGAGCUGAUUGAGCUGCUGAAUGGGAGCAGGAGACAACCUGUGGUGAUACAGGAAGUGUUUCCGUGUUUCAUCCGAGCUCCGAGCGACUCCAACGCCAAACCAAUCGAGCAGCUUUACGCAGAUGAACACUACAAGGACAUCCUGCUGGCUCUGGAGAGGUCGACCAAUCAGAGCAGAGAGAUCCAAGAGUGGUGGAUUGUUGACCAACCGGCUGCCAGCCUGGUGCCACUCAGGGGCGGGGCUUCCCCGAGUGACAUGAGGGAGGCGGGGCUUCAGCUGUUUGUGUUCAGUGAUAAAGUUAGUCCUCCGAGUCUGGGCUUCCUGGCUGGAUACGGCAUCAUGGGGCUGUAUGCCUCAGUGGUCCUGGUGAUUGGGAAGUUUGUCAGAGAGUUCUUCAGUGGGAUCAGUCACUCCAUCAUGUUUGAGGAGCUUCCCUGUGUCGACCGCAUCCUCAAACUCUGCACCGACAUCUUCCUGGUGAGAGAGACAGGUGAGCUGGAGUUGGAGGAGGAGCUUUACGCCAAACUGAUCUUCCUGUAUCGAUCCCCAGAGACUCUGAUCAAAUGGACACGACGCUGACCUCGUUGGUUAUUAGCUCAUCACAGAGCUGAACUCAUGGUUCCUUCAACGUUCUUUAAAUGUUGCCCAGAGAUCGUUCUCCAGAUUCUGCUGUAAAGAACAAAGGAGCCGUCAGCGAUGGCAAUUAAACAGGAACAUUUACAGAACCUGGUUUGAAAUUUGAGAGAACGUCUCUGACGCAGUGCAGGAACUGCACCCUUUCCUGUUUGCUAAGUGACCAAUUGGAGCAGCUGGGAGGCGGAGCUAAUGAAAUCCAAGCUGAUCUCAGGACAGUGUCACAUAGCAGACAGUGUCAUGGGAAUAUUAAUUGUUUGUGAUUGAUGAUCAAUAACUGCAGGGAUACAGCACUUCCUGGAAAACCUGGAAUUAUUUUAUGCAGCUUUCAGGUCAUUGAAAAUGAGUCCUGGCCACAUCUGACCAAAAUGUCCCAGGAAACAAGAAGGAGCUCUUUAAUGACUUCAUGACGUCUGUAAACACUGAUGUGACUCAAAAGUCGGAGUCUCUGCACAGUCAUGCAGCUGUUUUCAUGUUUAGUGGAAACUCUGAAUUUAUCUUACGCUACGUUUUAUUUUAGCUGUAAUUAGCUCUGUGAUAGCGCAGCAUGUAGUUGAAGGUAACAUUACUUUAGUUCAGCUUCUUACCUGUAAUCUGUUGAUCGGAGGCAGACUGAUACCAAAGAUUCAAAAACACUCCUGAUCCAAAUAUUGAUGCUUUCUACCAACACCAGGUCUUCUUCAGAAUCACACACAAAAUGGAUCCGUUUUCGAUCAGGUCCUCACUGUGUCCAUGUUUCCCAGAGUCCCAAACAACUGUUUAACCCAGAAAACAAAACAAAAACAAAAGGCCUCACUGGAAGGAACGUGAACAUUAAUGAUGCAUUCACAUCAUAAAUCACAGCUCUACACGAUAAUACAUCAACCAAAGUAUCUCAGCUUGUAAUUUAGCUCCGCAGCACCUCUAUAUAACUGCUACGUUAGCCUCAUAUUAGCACUGUGCUAGCUUUCAUUAGCACUGAAUUAGCCCUGUGUCAGUUCUGUUAGCGCUACAUUAGCUCUGUUGUCUCAUUCUAGAUCCUUGGACCUGUGCUCAGGUGGAAACUGAGUAGAACUAAGCUAAGCUAAGCUAAUAAAAGAGUAAGAUGCCCCACUGUCACAGGAGUCAGGGAGCUGUCAAUCAAUCCAGUGUGGACACAACAAACACAGAGAAUGUACUGAGUCCACAGCUCCCCCUAGUGACAGAAAGCUAGAAGUAAAUCUAAGAAAUGGCUGUAGAGUGACGUUAGAUUGUGUUGUUGCUUCAAGUAUUAUAACAAAGGUCUUCGUGUUCUCACUGUUCGCUCAGUGCUUCCUGUGAAUAUGUCAAAAUAAAAGACGUCUGUUUACCUUUCUGAAA